AUGUGGUGCACGACGUUUGUCAGUCUGAAUCGAUUGACUACUGUGUUAUUUCCAUUCUCGUAUGAGAGGUUGUGGAAAAAGAUGUAUCCAAUCGCGGUGCUUGUUACCGUAUUCCUUCCGGUCUGUUUCAUGUGGCAUCUUCUCGUUAGCCCCGUGAAAUUCGUCGUGACGAAUGGGGCAUUAAGCUUCGAUUAUGUACGCACCGUCACUUGGCUUCCAAACUCACUCCUCAGCGCUAUAAACGGCUUGCUGACGGGCGGCUUCCAGAUGGUAUUCUACUACACGCUCUACAUCGCCGUAAACUUCGACUAUUUCGCUCGUCUCUACGCGGUACGACCUCUCUUCUGGGAUCUCUUGACUCUCAGCCCACCCUGGACACUUCUCAUCCUGAGCACAGAUAUCAGGACACGGAUCUUCACGCACAUG